CCGUCUGCAUUGCAGUGUUCACAGCUCACCGGAUAGCUUCAUCCACCACGCAGAGACGAGCCAGAAAACUGCUGAGUCAUGCUGCUCCUAACUCUACUUUUCGUGUCCUCAGUUGUAGCGACCCCUCUGCUGGGCACUGAGCAGUGUGCUCGUGGCCCCCCCUACUGGUGUCAGAAUGUAAAGACGGCGUCUCUGUGCGGCGCGGUGACUCACUGCCAGCAGAAUGUCUGGAACAAGCCUCAGAUGAAAACCGUGCCAUGUGACUUGUGUAAAGAGGUGUUGAUGGUGGUGGAGCAGAUGCUGAAGGACAAUGGCACUGAGGCUGAGAUUCUUGGGUACCUGGAGAAGGCCUGCCAGCUCAUCCCUGAUAAAAGUUUCUCUGCCGAGUGCAAGGAGAUGGUGGACGACUACUACCCCGUCAUUAUCGGGAUCAUUAAAGGAGAACUGGAGGACCCCAGCGUGGUGUGUGGCGCCAUGGGGCUGUGUCAGUCCCAGCAGGCAGCCCUGGCUAAGGCUCACGCCCAGGAGCAGCUCGUGUCCAAUGAAAUCCCUCAGUUGGACCUUGCCAUUCAAGUGUCCCCCUUCCUCCUCAACGUGCCCGGGCUCCUCUAUCCUCAGGAGAGCCUAAAGCAAAAGGCCCCCAAACAAGAGAGUCCAAAGCAGGGAAGUGAUGACGUGUGCCAGGACUGUGUCAAGUUCCUGACUGAUGCUCAAGCCGAAGCCAAGGCCAACACCUCAUUUGUCAACUCGCUCAUUGAGAAUAUUGAGAACCAGUGUGACCUGCUCGGACCAGGCAUGUCUGCCCUGUGCAAGGAGUAUGUCGGCCAGUAUGGCGUCCUCGUUAUUCAGCAGCUCAUGUCCAUGGAACAGGAACCCAAGGACAUCUGUGUCCACGCUGGCUUCUGUACUGCUGUGAAGAAGUCCAUUCCCAUGCUGAUGCUGCACGCCGCCAAGACUGUACCUGCCGCCAAGACUGUACUUGCUGCCAAGCUUUUCCCCGCCACCAAGAUCGAGUCUGCUAAGCCCAUGGUGCGAGUCCGUGAGUCCCCCAAGUGUGCCAUCUGCGAGUUUGUGAUGAAGGAGUUGGAGUCUCAAUUGGAGGAUCAGAAAACUGAGGAGGAGUUGGUUCAUGCUGUGGAGAAGGUGUGCACAUACCUGCCCUCCUCUCUGAGUGCCCAGUGUAAGGACCUGAUUGAGACCUACGGCCAGGCCAUCAUUGAGCUUCUGGUGCAGCAGGCUGACCCAAAGGCCAUCUGCACAGUGUUGGCACUCUGCAAUGACGCUAGCCGUGCAUUUGUCCCUGCACUCGACCAGAAGGUCUUUAAGACUGGUGGCUACUGCGACGUAUGCAAGAUGGCCGUUGGUUACAUCGAUGGCAUUCUGGAGAAGAAUGCAACAGAGGCAGAGAUUGAGGAGGCCGUGAGGAAAGUUUGCAGCUUCCUGCCCAAAUCUUUUCAGACCGAGUGUGACCAGAUGAUUCAACAGUAUGAACCAAUGAUGAUCCAACUGCUUCUCCAGAUGCUCGACCCAGACUUUGUGUGCAUGAAAAUGGGAGCCUGUCCUGAAGCUGUGCGCAGGCUGCUGGGAACAGAGCAGUGCAGCUGGGGACCUGAAUUCUGGUGCAAGAACAUGGAGACAGCAUCUCGAUGCAAUGCUGUGGCUCACUGCAGACGGCACGUGUGGGUAUAGAGGAAGCACAAACUGACCUGUAGGGAAUUAAAAGAGAAAUUACUGUCGCGCUGCAUCCCACUUUUAAUUUUUGUCCCACUUGUUGUUUUUAAUGACUGCAGUUUGUUUAAAUUAACUUUGAUAUUUUGAAUGAUGUCAUGGUGGAAAGGGACUGGGCGUUUGUUUUCCUGGGGGGUGUGGCGAGGGAGGAGUGAUGUCUGCAGCUCAGCCUUUUACUGCUUCGCUAAGCAAAAGUCCCAAAGCUUCACUGUCGGGCUUUGCCGAUUUGCAUCAUUUAGGUUGUACUUAACAAUGUUGCUUGCAGAGUGGCCUAUGUAAGGACACAGGUUGUAUCAUUUUAAAUCGGCUGCAGAGUGCUACUUUCCUGAUUGGUCUUCAGUGCUACCCCCCCCCCCCCCCCCCCCCCCCCCUUUUUUUUUGAUUCCUUCUCACUGGAGUAACUGAACGUAAAUGGGAGGAACCGCUCUGUGUUAAGAAUAUCCAGCAGUACAUACUAGCAGUAUAUCUGAUCCCUAAACAAAUUAUUUUGUAGCGAAAAAAUGUGUUUCUGUAUUAAGAGGAUCUGGAGAUAAUCGAUCCGAGAGUACCUCCCAUUGUUUGCACUGUUCCUACUGUUUGUAAAUCACUGUUUCUAACGUACAGAGAGCACCUCUAAUUCAAUUGUCUGCCUCAAGCCGCGAGCCAGCUGUCAGUCGAUCUGUACAUUUUUAACAAUUAAAGUGAUCCCAAUCCA